UCCGAUGAGAUAGAAACUUCAUUUAUGUUUUAACCUUAUAUCCUCGUCCAGCAAUAAACAAUACGCCCGGACAGCCUGGCAUAUCUGUGCAUGCAUACAAAUCGUUUAAUGGAUGGAUAGCUCAAAAAAAAACAGCACAAAGAAAACCCAGCAUCUAUGGCACUGCCAAAUGAAAUGAGGAUAUCUCCGCAAGAUACCACCUCCUCUGAUGCAAAUUGGUGCAUUAUAAUUUUUAGUGUUUAACAGUCUCUUUGGGUUGGAGACUUUAGCAAAGAAACUCCAACCCUCUAUUACAGUUACAGACUCUCACUGGACUCACUGGACAAGUCACGCUCCAAAUUGCGAGUCCAAAACUCUAUAUAGCACUGUUUGUGACAAUAAAAGUAAUCCUUCGUGACAAUGAGAAAGUAAUCCUACGGUCAAGAAGUCGCGCGUAUAUUUGAAAUCAGCGUAUUUACUGUAGCUCGAGUUGGUUACAGAGAUGGCGAUCAACAACGAACAAGCACAAGUUAUUAGUUGCAGCAAGGAGGUGGGUGUUAUUGUUGAAGCUAAAGAGGCGCAGAUUACUACUGGUCCUUCCGAGGAAGAAGCCGCCGAUAAGAUUAUCUCUGAUACUGUUCUUUCUUUUCCUUCUCAUGCUAUCCUCGACUUAUUAUCUAUUGGGGUUUGUACUAGAUGUAUCUUUCGAUUGUUUGGAGUUCGUGGACAAAUUUAUUCGUCUUCAUUGUUAUCACCAACAAUCUUUGCUCCACUCAUUCAGAAAUCUAAUGGUUCUGAUGAUGAACAUUCUAAGGGACCACCUCAGGAAUCUGAAUUUUGUAGUAUUUGUUUAGGGAUUUUGCAAUUUAGUUUUAGUAAGGAGAAGCAAAAUUUGGUGAAAAGUGAGCUUAUUAAUAAUGUUAGUGAAGAGAUUGCGAGAUUUAUCAAGCAAGAGGGACAUGAGAUUGAUAGCUUUUCACUUGAAGUGUCUAUUCCAAUUAUCUUAGCAAAUGAACGUUCGGUUUGGUUAUAUUUGAAAAAGAAGUAUGGAUCUGAACUUUGGUUUGAAGAUAAGUUUCAUGCGGAGCAUGUUACUGUGAAAGACGCCUUCAAAUUGGCAAUAACAAGUUCGCUUGAAACCCUGUUGACUGCUAAAUCUGAGAUCAGCUCAUCCUCCCGUAUUCGUCUAAAUUACACACACAGUAAAGCAUCCUUGAAUCUUGAGAGUUUCGUAGAGACGGAUCAAAAUUGCAAGAGAAGGAAAACAGAGGAUAGUGUAGAAAAUGCUGAUGGGGCAAAUGUGAAACGUGGCGCUGAGUGUUCUGAACAAUCAAAUGGCGAAACAGAUGCUGCAAUUCAGAGAUCUCUUAGUCGUUUGCAAGAUUAUGCAUUCUGUGAGCGAUUUAAGUCCCCACCCGAGAAGGUGAAAGAACCAUGCAAAUUGGAAAUUAUUUGCAAUAGAGCACCUAUUUAUAUUGGUGGACGGUACUUAAAGUACUCGAGAAAUGUGAGUCAGUCACGUUGGCUAAUUGACGAUGAAAGAAAGGGAGAAGCAUCUGUUGAGGAGAUAAUUGGGGGCAACAUUCUUCCUAUAUGUCGAGGCAACAACUACAAGUUUCAUGCAGCUGGUAGAGAAGAUAUUGAUGUUCGUAUGCUAGGUUCUGGUCGGCCUUUCCUUGUUGAAAUACAAAAUGCACGUCAUGUCCCCUCAGAAGUGUCUAUUGGAGAAAUGGAAGAAAAGAUAAACAGCCUAAGAGAAAAAUUAGUUAGAGUGAGAAAUCUUCAGGUUUUGGGAAGCGAAGGGUGGACCUUGAUGCGUGAAGGAGAGACAGAGAAACAGAAGCAAUAUGCAGCACUAGUGUGGAUUUCUCGUCCGCUGGAAGAUGAGGACCUUCAGACGAUAACUUCACUUAUGGACAUGAGUAUUCUGCAGAAAACCCCAGUCAGGGUGCUUCAUCGUCGAAGUCCAUUGGAUCGUGAAAAGAUUAUCCACUGGAUGAAGAUUGAGCGAAUAGUCGGAAGUCAGCAGUAUUUGCUAUUGCAUCUAUGUACUGAGGCAGGAACAUAUAUCAAAGAAUUCGUGCAUGGUGAUCUGGGGCGUACUUAUCCAAAUCUUGGUUCAAUAUUGAAAUGCAGAGCUGAGAUACUGCAGCUUGAUGUUACAGAUGUGAAGAUGGACUGUUUUAACUGAAGGUGGUCAUCCCUCGUUAGCUUUAGCUUACUUUCAAUUCUAAGAGAUGCUUUGGUAUUUAGUUUUUGUUAGAAUUAAUACGAGCUUAUCCAAAUCAUUUGUCAGCUUAAAUGUAUCACUUGACAAUAAUAUCUAUACGUGCUUAACUUUAUGAAGAUUUUUGUAAAA